AUGGAUCACCCGGAACUCGUGAUGAAUGUGCUGGAGAUGUGGAUGUGUCUUAUGUUCCGGACGUUACCCGAAGACACCCUGAAAGAGUGGCUACCAGACGAUGUGCUCGUCGAUAAGAAGAAGUUGACGGCGAAAGAGGGGAUCGUAGGUGGCCUCAAUGUAGCAAGUCCACUUGACCAGGGUGUGGAGAUGAAAGAGAGGGAGUUUGUGGAUUUGAGUGAAGAGGACGACCCCAUUAUUCAUGAUUAUUUGAAGGACGUACAAAGAAAGAAGGGCGACGGCCUGGUUGGGGAACAGAUGAAGGAAAAGAAGACGAAGGAUGUUGAAGCGGAUGAAGAAGAGCGCGCGCUGAGGAAGAAGAUGUAUGCAGAGAAAGCACGAAGGUACCAGCGGAGAGAUACGGAUAUCGUUGUUCCGCAGUGGGUUUUCCUUGGUGCCAUGGCGGUGGGUGUGGGAAUUAUGCUACUGAGGAGUAGUGGGGGACCGCAGGCUCGAGGAAGCUGGAGAUGA